CCGAAGCUGCUCGCGGCUCGUAUUGGAGGCGGCAGGUGACAGCAGUAAACAAACAGCUAGCAAGAAGCUCUCUAAACAGUCCAAAGUGAAGCUCCAAAUGGUGAUGCUGGGCGGUAAAGCGCUGGCCCACUGUGCCCUGGUUCUGCUCAGUCUGUGGCUGUGCAUCCACUCAGUGCCCAUCAGUGUGGACAAGAGCAAAGAGAAGCCCCAACAGGAAGACCUGAAAGCCCCAGAAAGUGCUGACACCGGACUGCAUUAUGACCGCUACCUCAGGGAAGUCAUCGAGUACCUGGAGAAAGACCCUCACUUCAGGGAAAAGUUAAAGAACACCAACAUGGACGACAUCAGGCAAGGCAAACUGUCCAAAGAGCUGGACUUUGUCCACCACAGCCUGCGCACCAAGCUGGACGAGCUGAAGAGGGAGGAGAUGACCAGGCUGAGGAUGCUCAUCAAAGCCAAACACGACAUGGCGGCAGGAGACGGCUGGAAAGUGGACCACCAGGCUCUGCUGAAACAGUUUGAGCACCUCAACCACGACAACCCGCACUCGUUUGAGAGCGAGGACCUGGGCCGCCUCAUCCAAUCGGCCACACAGGACCUGGAGAACUAUGACAAGGAACGCCACGACGAGUUCAAGCGCUACGAGAUGUUGAAGGAGCACGAGAGGAGGGAGAAGCUGAAGAGCAUGACGGAGGAGGAGCGGAAGAAGGAAGAGCAGCACCACCAGGACAUGAAGAAGAAACACGCCGACCACGACAAAAUCAACCAUCCUGGAAGUGAGGACCAGCUAAAGGAGGUGUGGCAGGAGUCUGACGGUUUGGAUCCGGACGACUUUGACCCAAAGACCUUCUUCAAAAUCCACGACAGCAAUGGUGACGGUUUCUUUGACGAGAACGAGCUGGAGGCCCUCUUUGCUAAAGAGCUGGAUAAGGUCUACAACCCCAAGAAUGAAGAAGACGACAUGGUCGAGAUGGAGGAGGAGAGACUGCGGAUGAGAGAGCAUGUGAUGAACGAGGUGGACACCAACAAGGACAGACUGGUGUCGCUAAGUGAGUUCCUGGCCGCCACAAAUAAAGAAGAGUUCCACCAAAAGGAAGAGUGGGAGACCUUGGAGCACAACUCCCUGUUCACAGAGGAGGAGCUGACAGCGUACGAGCAGCAGCUGGCCAACGAGGAGAAGAUGAUCAUAGACAAGGCGGCUGACCUGCAGAAGCAGAGGGAGGAGCUCCAAAAGAAGCAGGAAGAACUAAACGCUCAGAAGCACGAUCUUCAGCAGGCCGUGGAUGAUCUGCAGAGGAGGAAAGUCCUGGGCUUAAAGUCCGAGGACACAGCGGAGUCUGUAGUCGCUGGAGGCGGACCGGCGCUAACCAUCCAGCAACAAGACCCACCUGUGCCUGGACAGUCUUAACGGGCCCAGCUGGCAGGGAGUGUGCAUGUGUUUGUCUCGACUGCAAUGUUUCCUCCUUUUCCUGUAUUUCCCUUCUCUUAACACCACUGGUUUAAGACAGGCCGACAUGAGCCAAUACUGCAGGGGUGUCCAAAGGUAUUAUUGGCAAUAUUCUACACACAAAAUGAAACAUGGUGGAGGAGGAUUAGGGCCGCAUUGGGGGGAAAAAAAAGGUGACAAAGUUAUCAAAAUAAUCAUACUUCAUUGGUGUCUUACACUGGAGUGGUUUAAGUGUCUUCAGUAGAAAUUAAAAUAUAUAUUAUAUAUACAUAGGUAUACAUAUUUAUGUCUUAUAUAUGUAAUAAAUAUAUUUAAUAUAUAUCGUGGUUGUAAUGUGAGAAAAUAUGGAAAACUUUAAGGGGGUAAAUACUUUAACAAGAUUUAUAUAUGUUACAUAUGAUAUAUAUAAAAUUGUGUGUGUAUAUAUAUAU